CGCAACCCCAUUACAAAUAUCUAGAGAACAAAAAAGAAAGAAAAAGAAAAACUAAAAAUAAACUUGGUCUACUGGAAGCUGUAUGAUUGUUUUAUGAUUGCCAUUAAAAUUUAAAGGAAAAAGAUAGCUAAGACACGGACUUAAUUCUCCCUGACCAAAAUAUUUAAAGUUUGGUUUCCCAUCUUUCUUCCUAUGUAGGUGAAUAGGGGCGAUCCCUCUUCAGUCUUCACCCCCUAAUAAACUGAAGAAAUCCCCGAAAGGUUAGAAACAGAUAACAGGUUCUUCAUGCGUUGAGAAUUGAAGAUUGAACCGAGGAAGUAGAGAUUUUUGUUGAGAAGUGAAGAUCUGUGAAGAUGGCAGGUGGGUCUCUCGCUCCGGCUGGAGUGGCCAAGGAGAGAGCAGAGCAGUACAAAGGAAGAGUCACACCUUAUGUGGUUAUUGCAUGUCUUGUGGCUGCUGUUGGUGGCUCAAUUUUUGGUUAUGAUAUAGGAAUUUCAGGUGGGGUGACAUCUAUGGAUCCCUUCCUUGAAAAAUUCUUUCCCACUGUGCACAAAAACAAGAUGCGUGCACACGAAAACAAUUACUGCAAGUACAAUAAUCAAGGGCUUGCAGCGUUUACCUCUUCCCUAUAUCUUGCUGGAUUAGUUUCCUCAUUGGUGGCCUCUCCCGUCACCAGGAACUACGGGCGCCGUGCAAGCAUAGUCUGCGGUGGGAUUAGUUUUCUUGUGGGGGCAACUCUAAAUGCUGCCGCUGUCAAUCUUGAAAUGCUCAUCCUAGGAAGAAUAAUGCUCGGAGUAGGCAUCGGCUUUGGGAAUCAGGCAGUUCCACUCUACUUAUCAGAGAUGGCACCAACUCAUCUUCGGGGAGGCCUGAACAUGAUGUUUCAGCUGGCAACUACUCUUGGGAUCUUCACGGCAAAUAUGAUCAAUUAUGGAACACAGAAGCUUGAUCCAUGGGGAUGGAGACUCUCUCUGGGUUUGGCUGCAUUUCCAGCUCUGUUAAUGACGGUGGGAGGCUUUCUUCUACCUGAGACACCCAACAGUUUAAUGGAGAGGGGAGCAAAAGAAAAGGGAAGAAAAAUCCUUGAGAAAAUCCGAGGCACAAACGAUGUGGAUGCAGAGUAUGAAGACAUCCUAGAAGCAAGUGAAUUUGCUAAUUCAAUCAAACAUCCUUUUAGAAACAUCUUUAAGAGGAGAAACAGACCACAGUUGGUCAUGUCAAUUUUCAUGCCAACAUUUCAGAUCCUCACAGGCAUAAACUCAAUUCUAUUUUAUGCUCCAGUGUUGUUUCAGAGCAUGGGGUUUGGGGGAGAAGCUGCUCUCUACUCCUCAGCUGCAACAGGAGCAGUUCUAGCCUCUUCGACGCUGAUUUCGAUAGCAACCGUCGACAGAUUGGGCCGUAGAGUACUGCUGAUCUCUGGUGGAAUACAAAUGAUAACAUGCCAGGUCGUGGUCGCUAUUAUCCUAGGGGUAAAGUUUGGGAACAACCAGGAGCUACCAAAAGGGUUCUCGAUUCUGGUGGUGAUAGUGAUUUGCCUCUUCGUUCUGGCCUUCGGAUGGUCAUGGGGGCCACUAGGUUGGACAAUACCGAGCGAGAUAUUCCCUUUGGAAACUCGAUCGGCCGGACAAAGCAUCACAGUAGCAGUGAACCUUCUUUUCACCUUCAUAAUCGCGCAAUCGUUUCUUUCCCUGCUCUGCGGUCUGAAGUACGGCAUCUUCCUGUUCUUCGCCGGUUGGAUCACUGUGAUGACCGUCUUCGUCUACAUCUUCCUGCCCGAAACGAAAGGAAUUCCGAUUGAAGAGAUGAUACUGAUGUGGAGAAAGCACUGGUUCUGGAAGAAGAUCAUGCCUCCAAUUGCAGACGAUGAACAGAGUAAGGAUGGCAUAUGAUUCUCCGUCGAAAUCUGAUCAACGAUAAAUCAAUAGAACAAUAAAACUUCCAUAUACAUUAAGUUCUAUCCCUUUGUUGAUUGUCAUUCAAACCUCCGAAACGCAGAAGAAGCAAUUUAGAAAGAUCUUAAGCGAAGGAAGUAUGAAAAUUUUCAGAUUACAUACAUGAAACCAAAUUUCCCGCGGCAGUAAGGAGCUCGAAUUCCCGCCCUGUAUUUUGUAAUAUUCUAUCCUGGAAUUCCAAAUUCCAUGGUUAUAAAUUUUCAUAUUUGUUUAUAAUAGUUUCUUGAAUUUUAAAAUUUU